AUACGCGAAAGUCAUCACUGUCAAAAUUUUACCAACAUUUCAUUAAUGACAUUUCAAAAACAUUUUUUAAAUUAUGGUAAAAGUGGGUAUAGCCGGAUUUAACGCUUUGACAAGAACGUUAUUAAGAGUUUUCAUAAGCAAAUUAACACAGACAUGUCCCCCGCAAGAAAACUUAUUUCAUAUUGUAUCAAUAAACUGCCCUAAAACAUCUAUAGAAUGUAUGGUGUAUAUGCUCAAACAUGAUCCUAUUUAUGGAGAUCCAAAAGUGGAAAUUUCUCAUAAUCUCGAUGAAAUAUCCAUUGGAGGCAUAAGAAUUGCUGUUACAAAUUGCGAGGAGCAAGCAGCGCCCUGGAAAAAUACUAAAACAGAAUAUGUAAUUGAUGUUAUAAAUGGUACAAAUGACAAAUCAGGGAUGCACUUAAGAGAUGGCGUUAAAAAAGUAUUUGUAGCCGGAAAUGGUACCGGAAGAUAUCCGGUUCAUGUUUUUGGAGUCAAUCACGAAUGUAUAAAAGAUAGAGCAGAUUUAAUUGUAAUGGGAUCACAACAUAUAAAUGCUGUAGCGUGUAUUGCGAGUAUAUUACAUGAACCUUACAUUUUACAAGAGGUAGUUACCAGCUAUCUAGUACCAUCUGGAAUUGAAUCUGGUGUUGAAAAACCCUGUAAUAAAACAUUUUGUAAGGAUUUAGUACCUUUGGAAAAUGCUUUUACACCUGCUACCUCUCCCGGUCGUGGAAAAUUUGUAAGCAAAAUUUAUCCAGAUUUAUGUGACAAAAUCCAUUCUGCAGCUUUUCAAACAUCGAUUCCUAUGAUAGGAGGUGUACAAUUUUUAGGAAGACUUUGCACAAAUACCACCAAAGAAGAUAUUAUAUGCAAAAUCAAGGAGGCUUCGGAAGGCCUUCUAAAGGGUAUUUUAUCAACAAGUGAAGAUAUAAGAUCAACAGAUGCCCUAGCAACUGAGUAUUCUUGUAUAGUAGACUUAAAAACAGUUCAAUACAAGAAAAAGGGAAAUAUAGUUCAUUUAUUCGGCAUAUAUGACUGCGGCUAUGCCUACGCCACGAGAAUUUUCGAUUUAGCAAACUUUGUAGCAUAUAGGGAACAAUUACAAAAUAAACAGUGCCAUAAUUAA